AUGGGUGAACUACAGAAGCAGAAGAGGGAGAGGUUUUCGCCGUUCUGGAAACAGGCGUUCGUGACAGCGAGCGUGUCGACAAACAUCAUAGCUCACGGCUGUGUCAUCGGCUUCGCAGCCAUCUUGAUUCCCAGUCUCCGUCUCCCAGAGUCUCACAUACACGCCACACCCAGCGAGGAGUCAUGGAUAGCAUCAAUCAUCGGUUUCGCGUUAGUCGCUGGCAACAUAAUCAUCACUCCACUCAUGGACAUCCUCGGAAGAAAGAAGUCACAUCUGCUGACCAUCUUCCCUGUCCUGACUGGCUGGUUCACGCUACUCCUAGUGCAGAACGUCGCCGGCCUCAUCGCCAGCCGGUUUCUCCAAGGUGUAGCCAUGGGCAUGCUGGGCCCGCUCGGCUCCAUCAUCAUCGGUGAAAUGACAGAUCCAGUGAACAGAGGACCGUUCCUCACUUGUGUAUCGCUGUCACUAACUAUAGGAGUACUAUUCUGUCACUCAUUAGGCACAUACUUUAGUUGGCAACAAAGCGCCCUAAUAUGCUCCUUCAUCACCUUUACAAGUCUCUGCCUCAUCAUUUAUAACCCUGAGUCACCGUCCUGGCUCAUUGCAAAAGGAAGGAUAGACGAGGCAAGGAGAGUCUUCAUUUGGCUUCGUGGAGACGGUGAUAUCCAAAUGGAUGAACUAGAGAAGAUGAUAGCUGCUCAGAAUAUGGCGAAAAAAGCAAGUGUAACUGACCUGAGUCUGUCAUUUGGUGCAAGAACAAAACGCUACUUCAGGUAUUUAGGAGUGACUAUGAGGAAACCAGAAUUCUAUAAACCUAUUACUAUAAUGGUGUUCCUGUAUGUAAUGUUCCAAUUUGCUGGAAUUAAUGUCAUCAGUUCAUAUGCGACAGACAUCAUCAGACAAGUGGUGGGGCCUGAGGCCAACGCUAAACUAAUCAUGGUAGCUUUAGAUAUUGAGAGACUGAUAUGCAACCUGCUUGCUAUUUACCUGAUGAAGACUAUGAAGAGACGAACAUUGCUGUUCAGCACUGGCAUGAUAUGCAUUUUCUCAUAUGUUGCGAAAGGAUUUUACGUUUAUGCAAAAGAGAAAGACAUGCUGCCGAUACAGGGCCAGUGGUUGCCAAUAGCUUUAAUAGGAAUUUACAUGUUUUCAUUAACCGUGGGCAUAUCUUCGAUACCGUUUGCAGUGUCAGGGGAGAUCUUCCCAUUAGAAUAUCGUGGUUUAGGCAGUGGUAUUAGUAUUCUUGGUUUGUCUCUCAAUUUCUUCGUGGCCCUGAAGUGUUUCCCCGUGUUGACGAACGCUAUCGGCCUGUCGUGGACGUACUACCUGUACGCUGGUGUGGUCGCGUUGUGUAUGUCAGUCGUCUGGCUCAUGUUGCCCGAGACGAAGGACAAGACUCUGCAGGAGAUCGAAGAUAGUUUCCGAGGACAGACCACUGACAGGAAGAGUUUGGAGCCACUGCAGAAUGGCAAGCCGAAUGGAGAAACCAUGAGAAGGGUCAGUUCUGUCAUAAUGUACUAG